UUAUCGCCGAGUUACAAAGAACAACGAAUCGAUGUCCGAUAUUCUGUUUUUGUUUUAAAGAAAUUUAAUUCAGUUAUUGUAAAAGUCGACAAGCAUGAUGUGGACAAUUAUUUUUAUGAUUUUCGGUUUACCACAAGUAUAUACGAUAGAUUCAAUUAAUCAGUGUGCUGAUCAUCUCAAACAGUGUAAUCCGAUUCUCGAUUUACCUUGCUGUGAGGAAAAUAACACAUGUGCGCUUAUCCACUGGAACGAUCAAAAUUUGUAUAAGUGUUUAAAAAAAAUGAGACUGGAUGAACCUUGUAUGUUCGAUUCAGACUGUUCAGAUUCGGAAUCAGUAAUCUGUAGCCCCGAUGAAGGGGUAUGCAAAUGUUCCGAAAAGCAUCUGAGAGUUAACGAUCAUAAGUGCGCAUCACUCUUAGGUAACCCUUGCAAAGAAAAUUCCGACUGCGCAGUUUUGAAUUCUAUUUGCCACAAGAAUAUAUGCAAAUGUAAAUCUUCAUAUUACUCAUCAUCAAAUAAUAUCUGUGUGUUAACGGCGUUGGAGAAACCGUGUUUUUCUGACGACGAAUGUUGGACUACAAAAAACACAGUUUGCGCAGAUAAUGGCAUCUGCGCUUGUAUUGGAAGCUAUCAGGAAAUGAAUAAUGCGGUUUGUGCAUCAUUUUUACAAGGAUACUGUAAAUAUUACACUGAUUGUUGGCCUGAUAAUUCAAUAUGCAUUGAUAAUCGUUGUGAAUGUAAAUAUGGAUUCCAACCUAUUACCUACAAGGAAUGUCAAGCGUCGCCGUUGGAAAAGCUUUGUAUUGAUGAUAUCGACUGUAACCAAAUUUCUCCUGGUUCAAAAAUAACAGGGAGGGAAUACGCUUGUAAAAGACACAAGUCUUAUGGAUAUAACUUUAGAUGUAGUGCACUUUUAGGACAUUUUUGCGUACUACAACGACACUGUUUAAUUAAUAAUUCUCAUUGCAUAUCCAAUAUUUGUCAGUGUGAACCUGGUUUCGUAUCUAAAUCUAAAGAUGAAUGUGUACCAAUACUUUUGAAUAAGCCUUGUGAAAGCAACAAUGAUUGUGACAGAGAAAGUCAUCUUAUGUGUUCGAACGAUAAGAAAUGUGUCUGCGAACAAGGCUAUUUAGAAGUCAAUCGCACAUGCGCACCAACUUUGGGUCAAUCGUGUUCGGAGAAUUAUCCUUGCGUGGCUACGAACUCGGAAUGUUUUAGAAAUUUGUGCCUUUGAAAAGCUGAUAAUACGCCAAAAUCUAACACUGA